AUGCCCUCCACCUCUGCCUCGAGCUCGGCCGGCCGCCCUGCGCCCGACUACUGGAUCGACGGCUCUAAUAAGGACACCCUGACACACUACUUCGAUCUGGAGUCCGAGCUGGGACGUGGGGCUACAUCCAUUGUCUACAGAUGCAGGCAGAAAGGGACCCAGAAACAUUACGCCAUCAAAAAGUUGAAGAAGACAAUAGACAAGAAAAUUGUUCGUACGGAAAUUGGAGUUCUUCUUCGCCUCUCACAUCCUAACAUUAUAAAACUGAAGGAGAUAUUUGAGACCCCUACAGAUAUCAGCCUUGUUCUGGAAUUGGUCACAGGUGGAGAACUAUUUGACAGGAUUGUGGAAAAGGGUUAUUACAGUGAACGAGAUGCUGCUGAUGCUGUUAAACAGAUCCUGGAAGCGGUUGCAUACCUGCAUGCAAAUGGGAUUGUGCAUCGUGAUUUGAAGCCAGAAAAUCUGCUCUAUGCAACACCAGCCCCAGAUGCACCACUGAAAAUAGCUGAUUUUGGGCUUUCCAAGAUUGUGGAAGAUCAGGUGACCAUGAAGACAGUUUGUGGAACUCCAGGGUACUGCGCACCAGAGAUACUACGAGGAUGUGCCUAUGGCCCCGAAGUGGACAUGUGGUCUCUAGGGAUCAUCACCUACAUUCUACUUUGUGGCUUUGAACCAUUUUAUGAUGAAAGGGGAGAUCAGUACAUAUAUAAGAGAACCCUGAACUGUGAAUAUGACUUUGUGUCCCCCUGGUGGGAUGACGUGUCUCUGAAUGCCAAGGAUUUAGUUAAAAAGUUAAUUGUUUUAGAUCCCAAGAAACGCCUCACCACUCUGCAGGCUUUGCAGCACCCAUGGGUCACAGGAAAAGCAACAAAUUUUUUACACAUGGACAACGCACAAAAGAAGCUUCAAGAAUUCAAUGCCCGGCGUAAACUUAAGGCUGCAGUAAAAGCUGUUGUGGCAUCAACUCGUCUUGGCAGUGCCAGCAGCCACAGUGCUCAUGACAGCAACAAGCCCAGCUGUAGUGCAUCUCCUAUUCGUGACAGCAAGCCUGAAGAGAAAUCCACUCAGGAAGCAGAAGCAGCUCUAGAGGAAAUGUCUUAAGUCAAUGCACUCCCUUAUUACAGCUGAGAUCUGUCAUUUCAUACACCAGCUAACUUGUCAUUCAGCAGGACAGAUUCGUAAGCUUGACCUCUCUGGUUCUGCUUUGGGGUGCCAAAUGCACUGCUGGUGAUUCUACCUUCAAUGCAUGUGACUACUUAUGAAAAUAAUAAACUGUUC